ACUGCAUUUAUUCACAUCUUAUUGUCCAGUCGUCCACAAACAUUUUCAAAAUGCUAAAAGCAACAACAAUAAUUUUUAUCGCUUUCAAUUUUGUGUCUGGUGGCGUUUAUGAUGGUUACAAACUUUAUGAAGUAAGACCCCAAACAAAAUCCGAGGCUUACGAUUUAAUGGAAUGGCAGGUAAAACCAGGAGUCGAUUUCUGGUCCGAAGCCAGGAUGCUCAAUCAGGCUAGCCAGGUUAUGAUCUCACCUGAACUUCAGAAGGAAUUCGAAGGAUAUCUGGUCAAUGGUAAUUAUACUUGGAAAGUUGCUGAGGAUAAUAUAGAGAGACUUUUACAAGAUUUUGAAAGAAGCAGAAAAAAGUCAAGUGCUCCACGUGACGAUGGAUUUAAUUUCAAUGAUUAUCAAAGAUCGCAAACGAUCAACUUAUAUGUAAACAAAUUGGCCAAAACGUAUCCAAAAUAUGUGACUGUUAAAGAUGAAGGAAGAAGUUUUGAACAGCGAAUCAUCAAAUCUGUACGAAUUACAGAUGGAUCAAAUUCCAAAAACAAGGUAACAAUGGUGAUCGACUGUGGUGUCCAUGCACGUGAAUGGAUUGCUCCUACUUUUUGCAUGUACUUAAUAGAACAAUUGACAGUGCACAGAGGACAAAAUCUGGACUUGUUAAAGAACAUCGACUGGUUUAUUGUGCCAUUGUUGAAUCCUGAUGGAUACGAAUACACCCACACGAAGGAACGUCUCUGGCGUAAAACUCGAAGACCAGAUACUGUAAAUCCUGCUUGCGUUGGAGUUGAUGGAAACAGAAAUUAUGCUUAUCAAUGGGGAGGUGCUGGAACUUCUGAUAAUCCUUGUUCAGAUGUCUUCAAAGGUCGUGAACCAUUCUCCGAACCCGAGACUCGUACCAUGGGCAACCUGAUCAAAGCAGAAGCCAAUGCCAACCCUAACAAAGUCGGUUAUCUAACAUUCCACUCAUUCGGCUACUGGCUCCUGUUUCCUUGGGGACAUUCUCCUACUGCUCCAGAACCACCAUUUGCCCACAAAUUAAAAAGGGCUACCAAUAAUGUCGUGAAAGCAGUUCAUAGGAAAACUGGAGGAAUUUAUAAGGCUGGUAAUUCUGCCCAGCUCCUAUACGCUGCAGCAGGAGGUGCUGAUGACUUUGCAAUGGGUGCAGCAGGAAUUGAAUUGGCGAUGACAGUGGAAUUGCCUCCAAGAGCUUCUGGAGCUGAAGGAUUCCUGCUGCCUCCUGAACGCAUCAUCAGCGUUUGCAAUGAGACUAUGAUUGUUGUUCGAGAACUUGGAAAUUUUUUGGUUGAUAACUAUUUGGUUUAAGUGGAGAAUGAUAGAGAAUAAAUUAUUGUUUUG